AUGACACGAGCACGUAUGCCACCAAGAAAAAUUCUUAGCAAGUUGAAGGCAGAUGAUAAGAACAACAAGACUACGUUGCAACAAAUCUAUAACGCGAGAAGUACUUUGAGAAGAAAGGAUUUGCAAGGUAGGUUGGUGAUGCAACAAUUAUUGUGGUUGGCGCAAAAGAAGAACUAUGCUUUCCAAGAGAAAUUGGAUGAAUUCGGGCAUGUGAUGCACCUUUUUAUUGCCCAUCCGGAAUGCGUAAAGUUGGCGUUAUGCUUCCCACAAGUUCUCAUAUUGGAUUGCACUUACAAGACCAAUAAGUAUGAGAUGAUCUUGAUGAAUGUGGUUGGUCAUACGUCAACCAAGUCACCUUUCACCGUUGCUUUUUGUUUUUUGCAUGAUGAGUUGAAAGAAAGCUAUGUUUGGGCAUUGCAACAAGUGAAGUUAAUCUUCCAGGAGGAUGCUCUUCCAAAGGUCAUGGUAACCGACCAAGAUGCGGCAUUGAUGUUUGCUAUAAGGAAGGUAUUCCCGAAUGCGCAAAACUUUCUUUGUACCUUUCAUGUAUGGAAUGAUGUUAGGAAAAAAUGCCAACGAAUAAUUCAACCACUCAAGUUGAAAGAGCUAGAGGUGAUUGCUAAAUUACCGGAUGGAGAACGAGAAGUGAAGAAGAAAAAAUUCAAGAAAGCAUAUGAGGAUAAUGAAAGGAUGUGGUCAUGUUUCUCCAACGAUUGGGAUGCUUUGCAAUGGUCAAUCACCGAAGAAGUGUACGAAGAAAAUGCUGCAAAACUCAUUGCGAAUUGGGGCAUGAAAUACCCGGAAAUCAUUAUAUAUUUACGCAAGCAAUUCUUGGAUACCAACAAACAUAGAUUUGUUAGUGCAUUUAAAAACCACCACAAGCACUUCGACAACCAAGCUACAAGUAUGGUAGAGUCGGCUCACUAUCUUUUGAAGAGGAAUCUAUUUGGGUGCGUGGACACGUUCGUCAUGGUGUUUGACGCAAUGGAAGACUAUUUCAUGAGUGAUGUUAUAAGAACUAAAACGUUAUUCAAAAAAAGUCUAAUGAUGAAGCAUGAUGAUUACCCGGAUGAUAAGUGGCUCCGGGGACUAACCCAUACGGUCUCUCAUUUGUGCCUUGAACUUAUAAUGAAGGAAGUUGAUUUGAUGGACAAAAUGGAUGCUAACUCCCAAGAAGAGUGUGUUUGUAAAAUGAGGGAAAGCAUGGGACUUCCGUGUCGGCAUGAUCUACUUCGGUACAAGGAUUGUAUGGUAUCUUUUGAGGAUAUUGAUCCUCAUUGGAAACAAUUGAGUUGUGAUUUCAUGCCUGACGAGGACGAUGUAGAGAUUUGGGACACACCUUAUGGGAAAAGGUAUCCAUCCGGGGUCAAGUACCAUGAUGCUGAGUACGAAGAAGAGAAGAAGGCAAUAGAGAAGUUGGACAAGAUAGAUGAAGUGAAACUAUCAAAUAAGUGUGGUCGACCAAGCAAGGAUAAAGGUGAAACAAGUAACAAAGAAGUUAAGAAUAGUGGUCCUCUAUGUCCUCCCCCAUUGCAAGGAGACGUCAAGCUUAAGGGUAAGAUGUUUCCAUCUCAACAAAUGGAAACAACAAAGAGUACUCCGGUGCCGGAGCAAAAGGAGAAGAAAACCAUAUAUGCGGAUGGUAAAAUGAAAGGUCCUAAAAGAGAUAGUUUGGGAAAGUAUUUGCGACCUACUAAUAUGAUUUACAAAAACUACUUGCUCAACCUACCCGAAGCCAUUCACGAGUAUAUCAUAUCUAUGGAAGAUGUCGAAGGGGAUGGCAAUUAUGGUUUCCAUGUCAUCGCGGAACAACUAAGACCUUUUAAAGAUGGAAACCAUCCGGUUAAGCAAGGGGACGAAGUAAAUUAUAUAAGGCAAAGAUUGUUACAAACACUACGCCGAAACAAGGACUUCUACAAGUCAAUGAUGAGAGGUGGCGGAGACCAUAGGGUCGCACAAGAGUUCAUUAGUUUUGAACGGCGUUUACAUGGGGAUAUCGUCAUCACAAGUGACAAUUGGAUGCAAAUGCCGAUAUGUGGGGUUUUAAUUGCGGAGACCUUCAAUUGCGUUGUUCAUUCUUUUGCGAGGUCUGGAAGUUGUUUCACCUACGCGCCGCCAACAAAACCUGGCAUGAGGAUUUUAAAGAUAGAAGACUUGUUAUUGCAUUUGUUCAAGGCUGCCAUUAUAUCGGUCUCAAGCUUAGACCCGGUUGCCCAAUACCUCCAUUGUUUCUUUUAUCCUUUUGGCCUCUUCUUCAAGAAAAUUACUCGAAGGAUUGGUAUGCAAAUUACGCUACAGAGAUGA